AGUUUAUUCCCUUGGGCUCUAUCCCACCGCACAAAAUGGGGCUCCCCAUUUCCUCUAGGGGGCAGUUCUCCUGUCCCCUUGGGAGUUGGCUCUCUGGGGGCUGAGCUGUGCCCUGGCUUCUCUGUGGCAGGUGAGCUCACUGCCAAGCGUAGCCUGGACCGGGAGCAGCAGUCAAGCUACCAGCUGCUGGUGAUCGUGCAGGAUGGAGGGACGCCACCUCGCAGCGUCACGGGCACCGUCUAUGUCACCGUGCUGGAUGAGAAUGAUAAUGUGCCGGCUUUCCUUCAUGUGCAGAGCGGGCGGGAGCUCCUGGUCCAGGUCCUGGAAGAGAAACCUUCAGGUCUGCUGAUCGCAUCCCUGCAGGCCAAGGACCCAGACGAGGGUGAGAAUGGGACCAUCUUCUACUCACUAACAGGGGCUUGGGCCGAACGCUUCACACUGCACAUGGCCACGGGGGAACUGCGUACGGCCACUGUACUACGCCGAGCGGACCGGGCUGAAUACAUCUUCACCGUGACAGCCAGCGACCGGGGAAUGGUGCCCCGCAGCAUGGCAGCUGUUGUCCGCAUUCAGGUUCUGCCGUCCUCCCGGGCGCUGCCUCAGCCAGACACCGUGGUGCUUACGCUGCACCCAGUGGAAGGGGUCAAGCCUGGCUCAGUGAUUGGUUCUGUGGCGCCUCCAGAGGCCUCCGGGCAGGGGCAGCUGACCUACACGCUGAUAGGGGGCGGGGGGGAUGGCACCUUUGUGGUGGAUAGCACGACGGGGGAGAUCUAUGCAGCGCGGGAGCUGGACUACGAGAGGGGGGCGCAGCACACGCUGCAGGUCAGUGCCGAGGACAUGCAGAACGGCUAUCCGGCCAGCCGGCUGGUGCUGGUACAAAUCCAUGUGCAGGACUGCAAUGACCAGGCGCCCGCCUUCCCCGAGGACCCCAUCACGAUCGUCGUGCCUGAGAACACACCGGCCGGCACCUCCAUCUUCACCUUCCAAGCCCCAGAUGGGGAUGGCGCUGGGCCCAACAGCCAGGUGUGCUACAGACUGCUUCGCCAGGAGCCCCCCGGCUCCCACUUCCAGCUGGAUGCCCACUCUGGACAGCUGAGCCUCCAUGAGGGGCUAGACCGUGAGACAGUCCCUUCCUUUCUGCUGGUGGUGGAGGCCACAGACCAGGCUCCCAACAUCAGCCAGCGCCACUCUGCUGCUGUCACUGCCCGCGUUUUCGUAACAGACGAGAACGACAACGCACCUGUCUUCCUCUCGCCAGACACUGUCAGUGUCAUGGAAGACCAGCCCACUGGAUUUGUGGUGCUACACGUGGUUGUACAGGAUGGGGACCUGGGUGAAAAUGGGCGGGUGAGCUACACACUGCAGGCAGGCAAUGCUGAGGGCCGGUUCCACCUCAACCCCAGCACAGGUGCCCUCUCCAUUGUGCGGGCUCUGAACAGGGAGGAGGUUGCCCAGCACAACCUGACGGUCGUGGCCAUGGACCAUGGCUUCCCACGUCACUCGUCCACUCAGCUGCUGUCUGUGCUGGUGCUGGACGUCAACGACGAGGCGCCCACCUUUGAGCGGGCUGAGUAUGAGGCCCGUGUCAUGGAGAACCUGCCAGCGGGCAGCCCUGUGCUGCAGCUGCUGGCCACAGACCGUGACCUGGGAGCCAAUGGUCAUGUGUCGUAUGGAGGCCUCUCUGGGGGGCCCUUCUCCAUCCACCCACAGACGGGCCUCAUCACUACUGCGCACUCCCUGGACCGGGAGAGGUGGGAACAGCACGUGCUAACAGUCUAUGCCCGGGAUGGUGGCCGGCCCCCCAACCUGGCCAAAGUGAUGGUGCGGAUCUUGGUGGGAGAUGAAAACGACCAUGCCCCGCACUUCGAGAGCAAGUCCUGCUCCUUGGAGGUGCCUGAGAACCAGAGCCUUGUGGCACUCUACACCCUGCGGGCCACAGACCCAGAUGCGGGCGAGAACGGGCGUCUGGAGUACCAUGUGCUGGAGGGAGACCCUGCCCAGGAUUUCAGCCUGGACCCUGCCUCCGGCGUGCUCUCCACCUCGCGCAGCCUGGACCGGGAGCUGGUGGCCUCUUACCAGCUGAUUGUGGAGGCGCGAGAUCACGGCACACCCCCGCGUAGCGCCACCAUGUCUCUGAGCGUUCGAGUGCUGGACCUGAAUGACAACGCCCCGCGCUUCGCACAGGCAGCCUACGCUGUGGAGGUGCCUGAGGACCUCGCUGUCGGGGCACUGGUGCUGCAGCUGGGGGCACUGGACCCAGACGAGGGCACCAAUGGGCAGGUCUCCUACUACCUGGGCAACGAGUCGCUGGGCAUGUUCCAGGUGGAACCGCAGAGUGGGCGCAUCACCAGCGCCCAGGCCCUGGACCGUGAGCGCCGAGCCAGGUACAGCUUUCUGGCCAAAGCCGUGGACUCAGCCCCCUGGGAGCCCAAGAGUGCAGUUGUGCGUGUCACAGUCACUGUGCAGGACGUCAAUGACCAUGCGCCUGCCUUCCUGCACAGCCUGCUCGCUGUCAACCUCUCCCGCCACACGCCGCCUAAGCAGCUGGUGGCCAUGAUGCAGGCUGAGGACAAAGAUGCAGGUGCCAACGCCUCCAUUCUGUACCGGUUUGCCACACCCAACCCCAGCUUCGCCAUCAAUUCCUACACUGGCGACAUCCAGCUGCUGCAGCCUCUCAGCUCUCUGAGCCAGCGCCAGCGCACCCUCUUCAUCCUGGCCAGCGACCUGGGCCAGCCAGCCCUCUCCUCCACUGGCGUGGUGGUGAUCCACCUGCAGGAAGAGAGAUACCGGGGCGUGCAUUUCCCCCGCAGCACCAAGGACGUGGCCCUGCCUGAGAAUGCUGCCCCAGGCACCACCGUGGUGAGCAUCCAGGCCCUGCACACCGGGGGCUCCUCGGGGCACAUCACUUACAGCAUUGUGAGUGGCAACGAGAAGAAUGCUUUCCUCAUCCAGCCAAGCUCAGGUGCCAUCUCAGUACAUGACUCCAAAAGCCUGGACUUCGAGUCAAACCCUCGGCUGCGCCUCGUGGUUCAAGCAGAGACCGAUGCCUCCUUCAGCUUCAUGGUUGUGAACCUCAACCUGCAGGAUGUGAACGACAACUUGCCACGCUUCCAGCUGCAGAACUAUGUGGCCUUUAUCUGGGAGUCACAGAGCUACGACGCCCCUGUCAUACAGGUUCUGGCCGAUGAUCCGGAUCAGGGUGCAAAUGGUCAGGUGACUUACGCAAUCAACCAGUCGCUGCCCAUGAAUGGGCUGUACCACAUUGAUGCCCAGAUGGGAACCAUCACUACUGCAGCCAUUCUGGACAGAGAGAUCUGGUCGCAGACCCGCCUGGUGGUGACAGCGAUGGACAGAGGGAACCCGGCCACUCUGACUGUAGUGGUGAUGGACAUUAACGAUAACAGCCCCACCAUCCCCCUGCCCUGGGAGGUGCGGGUGCCUGAGAGUAAGUGGAGUGCACGGUGGGGGGUGGCACGAAGCUGCCUGCUGUGUAGGCGUUCCUUAACACCCCUUCCCGAGAGGGAGCCUCUGCCAGAGCCAGAGCCAAGCCCCAGGGCUCCGGGUCUGAUGGCUCUGGGCUUUGCUUUGCUUCAGGUGGCGCUGUUGGAGCACAUGCCAGCAGGCAGCACCAUCCUCACCGUCAGUGCCACAGACAGGGACUCCGGCAGCAACGGGGAGCUCACCUACCGCCUGGCUGAGCCCAGUUCCCACGUCUCCAUCGACCCCAGCAAUGGAACACUGUUCACCUCCCGCCAGCUGGAGCUGAAUGCAGACCAGCCCACGCUGGACCUGGUGGUGGAGGUGCGUGACCACGGUUCUCCCAGCCUCUCGGCCUGGGCCACGGUGCAAAUCCAGGUGCUGGACAUGAAUGACCACAGCCCUGCCUUCCAGCAGGCACACUACAAUGCCUGUGUACCCGAGGACCUGCGCCCAGGCACCACUGUGCUGACUCUAGAGGCAGGUGAUGCUGACCUGUCCCGGGAGAACGCCGGCUUUGACUACACCAUCGUCAGUGGCAACAGUGGCAACGCCUUCCAGUUGGAGAGCCACGUGGGCUGGUCUCGGGGGCACUUGCACACACAGGGAGCCCUGGUGCUGGUGGAGGCCCUGGACUUUGAAUCCAUCUCAAACUACAACUUGACAGUCGCAGCCUCAGACCGGGGGGUGCCGCAGCGCAGUGCCACCGUGCCCGUGCUUGUCACCGUGCUGGAUGUCAAUGACAACCCACCGGUCUUCGCCCGGGCUGAGUACCACACGGCUGUGAGCGAAAGCACCCUCCCCGGCACCGAGCUGCUGCGGGUAGUGGCCCACGACGCCGAUUCGGGCCCCUAUGGCCAAGUGCACUACAGCAUCAGUUCCGGCGACCCCCGCCAGCUCUUCCAGUUGCACGAGGCCACAGGCGCUUUGCGCCUGGCACAGCCCCUGGACCGAGAGGUCCAGGCCCUCCACAGCCUGGUGGUACAGGCAUCCGAUGGCCCCGGCGGGCACUUUGCCCUGGUGCCCAUCGCCAUUGAAGUGAAGGACAUCAACGACAACAUGCCCUACUUCCCGGUCAAGACGCUGAGUGCCAGCGUGCGAGAGAACCUGCCCCCGGGCACCCUGAUCACCACCCUGCGCGCCAUCGACGCCGACACCGGGGCCUUUGGAGAGCUACAUUACACCAUGCUGGAGCAGGCAGCGGGGGAGCUGGGAGCCCCCGAGGGCAGGGAUGUCUUCUUCAUCAACCGCACCUCCGGGGAGCUGCGUGCCCGCCUCGCCUUUGACUACGAGCGCACCAAGGCCUUCCGGCUGCUGGUGCAGGCCACAGAUGCUGGCAACGCCUCGGCCACGGUCACAGCGCAGGUGCUGGUCACCGGUGAGGAUGAGUACAGUCCGGUCUUCCUGAGCCCAGACUUCAGCUUUGAGGUGCCUGAGGGUGCCCACAAGGGCCAGAGCAUUGGCCGGGUGCUGGCCACUGAUGAGGACGAGGGCGUGGACGGCGUGGUGCUCUACUCCUUGGCUAAGCCCUCACCGUACUUCGGGGUCAACCAGACCACGGGCAUCAUCUACCUGCGCAUGGACAGCCAGCUGCAGCCUGCAGGGCGGGCCAAGCGGGAGCCGCGCGAGAUGAGUCUGGAGGUGCAGGCCCGCAGCCCCCUGCCUUCCUCCCGCUCGGCCUCUGCUCAGGUCGCCAUAGACGUCACCCACACCUCCUUCGGCCUGGCGCCAGACCUCAACCUGCUGCUGGUGGCAGCCCUGGCGGCCCCCCCGGGGGGGGGGGGGGGGGAGCGGGUGCUGCCCGGCAGUGACCACAUCUACCACCAGGCCCUGCCCGGCUAUGGCAGAGAGUCGGCCGGGCCCUACCCGCGGGGUGGCUCCCUGGACCCCUCCCACUCCAGCGGGCGCGGCUCAGCCGAGGCGGCCGAGGAUGAUGAGAUCCGGAUGAUUAACGAAUACCCACGUGUGGCCAGCAUCACCUCCUCCAUGCAGGAGCACAUCUCAGCCCGUGGCCCCGACUCGGGGAUCCAGCAGGACGCCGACCAGCUCUCUGACGUGUCCUGUGAGCCCAGCGCCUUGGAGAGCGCCCAGUGGUUCAAGAGCAAGAAGGGCUCCGGCCUGCUGCUGCCUGGCCAGCCGCCCCAGCUGUACCGCCAGGAUGGGGGCGGCAGCACCUUCCUGGGCGUGGGCUGUGGCCUGAGCGUUUCCUCCCGCCCCACGGACUACGCCUUCCCCGAGGACGGCAAGCCCUCUGUGGAGGGCUCCCUCACGGCCGUGGUGGCCAGCGAGGGAGAGGCGCCCGGCAGGCAAAGCCCCCAGUUCCAGCCCCUGGCCAGCGUGUUCACCGAGAUCGCCCGGCUCAAGGAGCAGAGCUCCCUGCGCAAGCCCUUCCAAGCCAAGAGCAAGGCGGAGCCCAAGCCCCGCAUUGACCCUCCGCCCCUCAUCACCUCGGUGGCCCAUCCCGGGGCCAAGUCGGUGCCCCCCAAGCCAGCAGUGGGCAGGACCUUCCCACCACUGUCCUCCCUGCGCCGCUCCCCCAUCAGCCACGAGGGGUCCAUCUCCUCCUCGGCCAUGUCGCCCAGCUUCUCGCCCUCCCUGUCCCCGCUGGCUGCCCGCUCCCCUGUGGUGUCGCCCUUUGGCGUCUCCCAGGGGCCCUCGGCCUCCGUCAUCAGCGCUGAGCACUCGCUGGAGCUCCCUGAGGAAGCAGAGCUGAGGAUUUAGCCCCAGGUGCCCGUGGACUCGCUGCCUCUCCUGCCUGUCUCUGCAGAGUGGGCUGGAAGGGCGGGACUGGCCCCCCCAGGCUGCUUGGUCCUCAAAUCCCAGCAGGUUGCUGGUUCUGGUCCCUCCAUGUGGGCCGCCGGAUGCACUGCUCAUUUCAGCGCCCCACGGGCUGGGCUGCUUGUGGUGGCAGGGCCCCAUGACCCCCCCGGGCUGGUGUUCUGGGACACACGCCGGCCCCUCCGCUGGGUCGGCCUGUAUGCUCAUGGGUGUUUGCUGCAUGGAGGGUGGCGGAGUGGAGCCUUGUCACCCCGGUGCUGGAGGGAGCCUGGCCCAGCACCCCAGACGUGCCCAGGGACAGAGCUUGCUCCCUCUGCUCAUCAGCUCUACCUUGUAGGCUCAUCUAUAGAGUAGAUCCUGUUCCCUGCCCAGGUCUAGAAUUCCCACUGGCUGACUGGCCCAGAAUAGGGGCAGGACUAGUUCCCCGCAGGCCUGUCAUGACACGGGGGGACCUGCUCCCCGCAGGCCUGUCAGCCCCGGGACACGGGGGGACCUGCUCCCCGCAGGCCCGUCAGCCCCGGGACACGGGGGGACCUGCUCCCCGCAGGCCCGUCAGCCCCGGGACACGGGGGGACCUGCUCCCCGCAGGCCCGUCAGCCCCGGGACACGGGGGGACCUGCUCCCCGCAGGCCCGUCAGCCCCGGGACACGGGGGGACCUGCUCCCCGCAGGCCCGUCAGCCCCGGGACACGGGGGGACCUGCUCCCCGCAGGCCCGUCAGCCCCGGGACACGGGGGGACCUGCUCCCCGCAGGCCCGUCAGCCCCGGGACACGGGGGGACCUGCUCC